AUGGUAGAUCCUGCUGAGAGGAAUGAAGGUACUUCCGGAAUAUUCCGACGGCACUUGAAGGCGGCGUCAGCCUGCACUGCAUACGCGCCGUGGCGGAGAACGAAGAUGGCGGAGAAUAACGUCGAACCGGAGCACGAAUGGAGCGACCGGGCCCUGGACACGGCCGACGACACUCUGGUCGCAAUGGAAACCCUGCUGGCCACGCUGAGAGCCUUUGAAGACGUGCUCAGGCAACAGGAAAUAUCCACGGCGUCUUCCACGGAGUACUGCGACAACUUCUGCCAGGCACUGAUGCACUAUGCUGGGAGCAGGAACUCCAUGGAGCAUGGUCUGCCUCUCCUGGAGGUCUACUGUCUGUCCAUAAACUGUUUCGCUGCCGCCCGAUCUCACCUCACUGCAGAGUCGGACAGAGUGGCCCUUGUUUUGAAGAGACUAGCUUUGAGCUGUUUUGAGCUGCUGCUGUCAGUGCCUGAGAAUGAAAUCCCGUAUGAAGCCUGGGUUCAGUUCCACCACUCUGUUCAGAUUGCCCAUGAUACCUUGCUACAGUAUGGAAGCACAGACCUCCAAGCUUUACUCCAGAUCACAGGAGAGGGAGGGGCGUGGAGCAACCCUGUCCUUACGUCUCUCCUCAGCGGCCAGCCCACCAACCUAGAAGAAGUUGAUGCUUACAUCAGCUUGGAGGGUGAGGGCUUCAUGGAGAUGCGGGUGAAGCACCUGGAGAAGAUGGGCGAAGUGGCCAAGGCAGUGGUGCUGGCCAAAGCGUGCACUGAAUGCACCGUCAUCUCCAACCAAGCUACCUUCCGUCAAACAUUUGUCUCCCUGCUUUGUCACCUGCUGCCCAAUGAAGAGGCCAUCUUGGAGAUAUCCAGACUUGACUGUAAGGAUGUAUUGGAGGUCACGUGUAAUUUGGAGACCGAGGGGGAGGAGAACACGGCCUUCAUCUUGUGCACAACUUUCCUGACACAGCAGCUUCAGCAGCAGAGCCUUUACUGCUCCUGGGAGUUGACUCUGUUGUGGAGUAAGCUUCAGAGGAGGAUCGAUCCCUCAUCGAUCUCGCUUCUGGAACGAUGCCUUCAGCUAGGUGCCAUUGCCAAAACCGUCCACCAUUUGCUUUGCCUGGUCCGCGUCAUUCAGACAGAGACGGAGGAAAUCGGGGUACCUGCCUCAGUAGAACUUUGUGUCAAAGCCCUUCAACUUCCAAAGCAGGAUGACUCAGAAUCGAGGAUCUCUGUCUGUAAGACAAUGUCCUGCCUACUUCCAGGGGACCUUGAAGUAUUGCGUGCCUGCCUACUCACAGAGUUCCUGCUUGGCCCCAGCCAGGACGUCUUUGUGUCCCUUCGGGAGCUUUACUUGCGCCCAGACCAAAAGUAUGACCAGGAAAAUGAGGUCAUUCCCAACUCACUACGCUGCGAGCUGCUACUAGCUCUGAAAGCUUACUGGCCUUUUGACCCUGAAUUCUGGGACUGGAAAACUCUCAAAUAUCACUGCAUCUCCCUUCUAGGCUUGAUGCCGGAGUCCGAGGAGGAAGAAGAAGAGGAGGUGGUAGACAAAAAAGAGAAGGGUGAACAACAUGAGCCACAGGGAGUCACAGUGAAAGUAGAAAUGGAGCAUCAAAAGACGAUAAAUGGAAGUGUUGGUGUUCAUGAGCAGCUUGAUAAAACACAGUCUUCUGACUUGGCAGAAUUUCCAGGCAAAUCAGAGACAAAGGAACACAGGUUCUGCUGUCAGAUUUGUAAAAGAUCAGUCACUGACACCCAAAUCAUUCACCAUUCCAAAAGACAUGCAGAGGACCACAGCCACCCCUGCCCUCUGUGUUUGGAAAAAUUUAAGAGCAGGAAGGAUCUCGUUCCUCAUCUGAAGGACCAUGUGCAGAGUGAAACACAAAUUAAAAAAAGCAUAAAGACAGAGGACGGGCAGGGACGGGUGGAUGAGGAUGAUGAUAUUGAACCAGGUGAGAUCACCAUCGACCCUUCCUUAAUGCAGUAUUACAAAUCCACACAUGAUCCAGACGUGCUGCAACACAUUGUGCAACAGGCCAACACGGUGAAGGAGAAGAAUGUGGACAAUGACGAGUAUGUAACAUUCGAAUACAUUGACCAACACUUCAGUGUGCAGAACCGGGAUGAGUACCCGUGUCCAGGAACCGGGUGCCCUCGGACUUUUAAACAUUCCAAGUACUUGUAUGUUCAUUUAAAGUCAGAGCACAACGGUGAUGACAAUGUCAAACAUUUUCAUCAGGUGAGAGACAAGCGGGAGAAGUGUGUUUUUUGUAGACGCCAUUUUGUCUCUGCGUACCAUCACCGCAAACAUCGAAGAGUUCACUACGGUGAUCGGCCUUACACGUGUGUGGUUAUGGGCUGCGGCGCUCAGUUUAGUACUUCCAAUGAACUUGUGACCCACAAACAGAUCCAUGGCUUUCACCUAAACUACCAGUGUGGCCUGAAAGGCUGUUACAUCACAUACUCCGACCUGGGACAAAUCUAUCACCACGAAGCACAGCAUUUCAGAGACGCAGCGUUUACCUGCUCUAGCGCUGAAUGUAGUAAAUACUAUUUAUCCAAAAAAGAAUUCAUAAAGCAUUUAUCCACACACAACAUCACCUUCUCUGAAGAAGACUUUGAGGCUCAGAGGAAGGCAAAGCGGAAACUUCUUAAGACAGUUACUGAAGCGACAGUCCUCCCUAAUAAGUCAGUUGAUACAGAAGAGACUGUAAAUGGAGUAGUCAUAAACACUUCUGCAGUAAGUUCAGCCUCCUCUUUGCAAGCAUCUGACAGCACUGAGCCCAAAGCAACAAUGACUGACAGCAAGGAGCCCAAAGCCACAGUGACCUUGGUGGCUGUGUGUUUUGAUGGAAGUAAGUUCACCUGUGGGUUUGAGAAGUGUGGCAUGACUUUCUCCAGAGCCAGAGAUGUCCAGAGGCAUCUUAAAUGUGCCCACCCAGAACACCUUAAACUCGAGAACAAAGAGCACAAACAUGACAAAGAGCGGGGCUCAAGGUCCAAAGGGAUAAAGACUGAAACUGAGCCAGACAGUAGGGAGAAGGGAAAAGAGGAGAACUCGACUCCAUUGCAACCUGCGGAGGCUGGCAAAGAAAGAAAAGAAUCUACUCAUCCCAAGAAUAACGAAUCCAACUCUUUAAGCCUUCAACCGGAAAAUGAUGCUCUGAAUGAAAUUCUUGUUGGGCUCGAUAAGCUGGACCUGAAUUCCUCAUCGCCUCACAGCGUGAAAAGUGAGGCCCCUCAGUCCAACCCAGAGUCUACUGCAUCCCAAAUGUCUCUCCAUCAGGCAAUCAUGGCAAAGCCUCCUGUUGUGUUGAUUCAGAAGAGGCCCCCUCCUGAGGAAAACGUCAAAGUCAAAACCGAACAAGCUGAUGAAGAAGGCAUUGCUGAAUCAUUAGCCACUGCUAAGCCAUAUAUCUGUGAGAUGAAAGGUUGCAGCUUUAGGACUGCUCAGAGUUACAGCUUACUGCGACACUAUAACACCAAACAUGGCCGCACUGUAGAGCAGGCCAAAAGGUUGACUUCUUUGAAAACAACAUCUUUUAAGCCUUACGUGUGCCAGCUGUGUUCCAAGAGUCACAGACAGAAAAACGUGUUGAGGACUCACUAUAUUCAGAUCCAUAAACUGAGUGAAACUUUGCUGGACAAAAUAAACUGUGCAUCUGUGCGGUCUGAGGGAAACGAAGACCCGAAAAAAAAUACAUCUCAGCACUUGACGAACCACGGUCUAAAAGUGUGGAAGAAACAACAGGAGAAAAGAAACUCAGCCGUGGUAGGCGAAAAUGGACAAAACUCUUCUCCAUCUGAAGAGGAAGGAGAGGAUGAAGCAGAGGAAAAAGAGAAAGACGACGAGCAGAAGGGAGAAGGUGAGGAUGGGACCUCACAACAGGUCAGAACUACGAGACGCCUGGUAGCCAAAAGUAAUCUCUGCUAUAUAUUGGAUAAAUUCAGUAAACCCUUCCAUUGUGUAGCAAAACACUGUGAUGCUGCUUUUUCCACCCAGGGAGGCCUGGUACGCCACCUACAGUCGAUACAUCAUUACAAUCGCUCUCAGCUCUUGUUGGAAAAAGAUUUUGAUGCGCAACCCAGUUCAGAAGUCCGAAAAGAGCCUGGCAAGAAAAGGCCUCUCCCCAACUUUGAUGAACCUCAGCCUCAGUACAAGUGUCACUUUGCCAACUGCAACGCUUCCUACCACCUUAAAAGCAGCCUCGUGCGUCACACUCGGGAUAUACACUCACAGCCACCAGAGCUAGUAAGGUGCAACUUUGAAGGCUGUACGAGAGUUUUCAGCCACGAUGAUGCACUUAAAAAACACACACUUUAUAGUCACUGUGAGUACUACGAUUCCCUGGUGGUACGUCUGCAGAGCACUCACAAAAAGUCAAUUACUGGAUGCCAAAAGAAGCUUAUCGUCACACCGCCGAGUCCUCAGAAAGAAGAACCCGGUUCAACCACCACGCAGGCUGAGGGAUCAAGUCCAAAGCCCGAAGAGACCACCCAGUCAGAGGAGAAGGGUGAGGAGGCGGCUGUGGAGAAGAAAGUGUCUGGAGGAAAAGAAAGAAGGAGAAGAAAUUCUGACAGCCGUUAUGUCUUCAGAUCUCAUGAAGAAGCACUCCAGAUGUGCCAAGAUCGCUGUAUGCGCGCGGCCUACCCAUGCAUGCUUCAGGACUGUGACUCUGUCGUCACGUACCUGCAUAGCUUGCAACGUCACUACCUGAAGUCUCACCGCAUGCGUCGGGAAUACCUUUCUAAGAAUCAAAAGGAGCUGGUUUUUAACGCCGAGCAGCUGGAGGAAUUGAUUCAGAGGAAGUCGGCCAGGCCUACAGUCACAGGAGCGUGUUCCCCUAAUGGAGUUCGCAAAAUGGAGUAUCAGGCAGAGCCAGAGAACACAGAGGGGCCGCCUGCACCCAUGAGCUUACACUCCAUCAAGGCAGACACACAGGAGGAGGCUAAUCAUGAUCCACUGGGGUUCCCGGAGGAGGAGACGGAGGAGCCACCACCCGUUGAGAGAAACGGCGUCCUUGUUGGUGCAGAUGAGGUGCUUUACGGUGAGCCGAGCACUGGUGGGCACACCGAGGACACGGCUUCAGCAACGCAGAACAGUCAGAAACCGGAGGAGAGAUUAAGCUUGGAUAAAAUCAAACCUCUACUUCGUCCCCUCACUAUUGACCUCUCUCCACCGUGCUCGCUGCGCUUUACUGCUGAGGAGGGCUUCCAAGACGUGUCGAGCACCAAGGACGGGGGUAAAAUGUUGAACGGAUCAGCUCCGUUGCCCACCCCUCCUGUUCGCCAGCCGUUAAAACGGAAAAACGAAUUGUCUGAACCGCCUUCAAACUUGAAAGACACUCAGCCUCGGAGCCCUUCUCCACGCCCUUUUGACAUCGCCGCCUAUAAGCCUACUGGCUUUGAGUCUUCAUUCCUGAGGUUCAUACAAGAGACGAACCCGAAAGACAAAAAUGCGGUGUCGGGGAAACGGCGAGACUCUUUCAGACGCAGUUGUUCUGUUAAGGAGAACAACCAGCUGGGAAUCUCUCAUGCCCGCAGCAGGCGCACUCACUCCCCACUGCUGAAGCCCCACGCUAUGACUGGAGAUUUCACAUCAAUCCAAAACUUGAAGUCCAUCUUGGACAAAGCUCUGGCUGGGUGUGGGGACCUGGCUAUUAAGCAGCUUCAGUACCUCAGACCUGUGGUGGUCCUGGGGAGACCAGUGUGCAGCACCACCCUGUCUGACCUCUUCCCUUCAGACACCAACAACAGCAAAUUGCUUCUUGGGAGUUAGUUUAACUGAGCACCUUUUUAACAUAGCUAUGACAAAUGACUUUGUAUUUUCACAAGCUGUACCAGUAUUUUUUUUUUUUUUUUUCUCCCACAAUAUUAGUAUUGGCUGUUUUUUUUUUUUAAGUUGCUAAACUGAAUGAAUAUAGAAAUUAUAUUAGCAUUAAGAUAAAAAACAAGCUUAAACAGUGCACAUCGGAUCCAAGUGGAUUGUUUUUAAGACAUCUGUUAUAUGAAAGCAUUCAGAUAACAACUGUUAUGUUAACUCAUUAUGAUCACAAGUGUAUAUACUGUAGUUCUCCUAAAUAAUGUACAGAUUUUCAGAUGUUAGCGUUGGUCAGUAGCGCAUUGCAAGACCUUCUCAGUUGUGUGAAAAUGUGACUUAAAAAAAAACAUGUCCUUACUUAAAGAAUACUUGAGGAAUAUGUUUGGUUAUUUUUCACUUCAGUUUAUAUUAAAUCAGUGUUGGGAUGCAGUGAACCGAUGUUGGUAGACAUGUAUCUUAACACUUUCUAAUGAAAUAAAUGUGGAAACGAAUAUAA